GGCUAAGGAAGAAAGUCUUUCACACUAGGCUUGGCUUUAUAAGGUACAGUGUGAACUAGUACGACAGUGUUACAUUCGAAAGUGUGGUUUACACAGAAAAAGAUUUAUUCAAAUCACUGAAAGCGGAUUUUCUACGAACGCGCUUGACUCAGCGUAUGGACAAUGGUGAAGACAGCAGUUCCGCUCAUUUUACCUGACAACUUCUCGUGGAAUGAAGCCACAGGCCAGUACACCAAGCUUGGAGAGGAGCGGAAAUCACUGGUCGUCAUCCCAAGAGCACUUAAGCUCCUCAGAGAUAUCAAGGGUCCCGUAUGUGUGGUGUCUAUUGCUGGGCCUUGUAGGAAGGGCAAGUCCUACAUUAUCAGCAAGGCGUUUAACCUCGGAGAGAUUUUUCCUCUCGGUCAUCUGAUGGAUCCUGAGACUAUGGGGAUCUGGUUGUACGUGGUGGACCAGAAAUUCAAAGACGCUAAUGGAAGGGAGGUGACGGUGGUCCUACUUGACUCUGAAGGAAUCAAUGCAACUGGAGCCCAAAAGUCCGAUGACCACAGCGUCUUUACCCUCUCCGUACUGCUCAGCUCGGUCAUGAUCUAUAACUCGGCAGGCGUUCCCACCCGUACUGAUUUAGAAGACCUUGACUACAUAGUCAAGCUUUCUCAACGCGUCCAGCUUCGCACAGGUCACACCAUCGCCGAGGACGCGGCGCUUCUGCACAAGACCUUCCCCUUCUUCAUCUGGCUUCUUAGGGACGUGGUACUCAAGCUUCCCACGGGCUGCUCAACCAUCAGAGACUAUUUUAUUAAAAAGGUACUCAACGCAGAGGAGAGAGGUCCCGCAAAAGCACAAAAGGCAGCAGAGAGUAUUCUCAAGUUCUUUCCUGGAUUUGACGCGUUCAAGCUCCCUCCCCCAUCCGACGACCCAGACAUCAUCCAGCGAAUAAACGAGGAAGCAGUUCAGGACAAGCUCAGUCCAAGAUUUCUAGAGGGUGUUGAGCAAUUUAAAAAUAUUUUGCAUCCUCGUCUUGUGGCAAAGACCUCUUUCAACGAGGGAGAGCUCGUCUCAGGGGAAGCUCUCUCAGCCCUUGUUCAACUGUACACGGAGUCGUUGAACACACCUGGCACAGUACCAAACGUACAGAGUGCGUGGGACACGUUCAUCCAGACGAAAUGCACAGAAGUCAUGGAAGCGGCAAAGCGCCUAUACAAGAAGGAAAUGACGUCCCGUAUGGAAGGCAAGCUGCCAUGUGACAAUGACGUCAUCAGGCAGGCCCACUUAGACGCACUCGACGACAGCCUGACCAUGUUCCGGACAGAGACGUAUGGUCUGUCCGCGCACAGCGUGGAGAAUUUCUUGAAUCAGCUGACGGAACAAGCUAAUGACGUCAUGGCGGGGUUUCUGGAGGAGAAUAAGCAUCUGACAGAGAAGCUCUGCCAGCACCUGGUCGUUGAACUGAAAGAGAGCAAGCUCGACCCAGUGCUGGCUCGUCUGAGGGGUCCACAGGGACACCAGUUAAAAUUUGCAGAGAUCAUUGCCGCUUUUUCCGCCAUUGAGCAGGAAUACCGAACUCGUGCGCGUGGCGCAAAAGAUGUCUGUGCGUCGGUAUUCUUCGCUUACCACCCGCACCUCCAAAAGGAGAUGGAACAGCACAUGGAGCAGCUGCAGGCGCUGAAGGACUACGACGAGAGGCUGACCCAGGAACAGGCAGAAAAGGCGGCCAUGGAGGAUCACAGGCAGAGGCUGGAGGAGGAGAAGAACAGAUUGGAAGAUGAAAAAAGGGUGAAAGAAAGAGAGUUCGCUCUGAUGAUAGAGAAACAGGAAGAGGACAAGAUGCGCUUGCAAGAACAGUUCGAAGAGAACAUGCGAAACCAGCGAGAACAGAUGGUGAACAUGAUGGAGGCGAACCAAGAAGAGCUACGGCGCGAGAGGGAGGUCAUCACCCAACAAAACAGAAACCUGGAGAACGUGAUGGAAUCCAUGAGGGAAAUGAUGGGCAAGAGAGACGAGGAGAUGAGUAGAAUUAUGGAGAGGAUGGUGGAGAUUGCAAACAGACCAACGCCACCCCCACCAAAAGGUGGCUCUUGCAUUAUCUUGUGAAAUGCUGGGCAUAAAGUAGCGCAAGGCUUAGUCCCCUGCGUCCACCUCCAGCUAAGCUGAUAAGACAUACCACGGCGUAGGCAGGAUGUUUUAACAGGAGAGGGCCCUAAAGGAACUUCCAAGGCAUUUUUCGCUGUAUUUUAGAUGUCUCAUACAUUUACUGUAUUUUUGGCUGCUAAAAAACGGGGGGGGGGAUGGGAAGGGCAGGGCAGGGCCCCCUUGGCCACCCUCCUGGCUACGCUCCUGCAUACAUUGCUAGACUUCUAGAUAUUGCCUGGUGUCGUUCCAGAGUUGAUACAUCCAUGUUUAUCUUAUUCCGUAUAUAAUUUAACCUUUGUUAAUAAUGACAAGGAAUGUCCUUAAAGGGGAGGUGUCAUGGUAAGAGAUUUGCAAUAGCUCUCCGGCCCGCACACAAUGAAUUUCAUUCAAAUUCUAUUAUUGACUUAUGAGCCUUUGGUGCAUGUAGGAUACUUUUAAAAAUUCAAAGGAAAUGACCACAAACUGUCAAUAAACAUAUUUUUCCAUAAAAUAUUACAUAUUAUUUUAACAAGGCAUUGACAGCUUAAAGAUCAACUGUUUGUAGUCAAUUAAAUCCCUACAAUAGACACCGACUCCAGACAUUCGCAGUACCAUGACGCUGCUCCUUUAAGUCGUAUGGGACGUUCUUAAAGUUUGAGAUCGAUUUGUUAAAAGCUUAUGAAGAAAAGCAGUGUUACAUUAUCAAUAUAAACCAUUGAACAUGGGGAAACCAUGUUGUAGCCUCAUGCGUGGAUGGAUAUUUUAUUAUGGCAAUGAAAGCAAGCGUGGAUUAUUCAGUAAAAGUCGAGUACGUGAUAUUGACAUGUGAUGAUUACCUACAAUCUCAUUCCUAGAGCCCGCGACCCUAUGAGCCAGCUCAUGCAUAUAAGGUUCACUAUAGUGUCUUUUAUCACCCUAACCCUUACCCUCUGACCCUAACCAUUGUUAUAGUGAACCAUGUGAAUGAUUAAAGCAGCCCAGUGGCAGCUGCCCAAAAAGAUCGCGGGCUCUGAUGACGAGAAUGUGGGUGGCCUACUAGUGCUUACCGGAGAAUGCACAGCAUACGUAGGUCCUUACCUUUGGGGUAUCGAGGUUGAGAAAGAAGGACUACGUCACAUAAUGACGAUUAAACGAUAUCGCGUAGCAGAUUGUCCUUCCUGCCCAUAUAAUGUAACUAUAGAUGCCUCGGUUUUUUUUCUUGUAUGUAAUAAAGAAGAUAGAAGAUGCAAA